AUGUCGGGCAGAAACGAGCGGGUGUCGACGUACACGAGCGGGUCGGGGGAGACGGACGGCCGCAAUGGCGAGCCGAAGCGGAACCUAUGGACGUCCAUGCUAGAGUCGGUCGCGAGCGGGAAGAAGCUGCCAGAGAAGAACCUGCUGGUCCUCGGCGGUACCCCCGAAUCGCAGAGAGAGUUUCUCGAGUCGCUCGCAAGCAGCGAGACCAGGCGGCACAACGACAGGCAAAAGUCGCCUCCGAUUGCCAACAACUUUGCGCUGGGCUACACAUACUACGAUGUCCUCGACGCCGACCAGGAUGAUACCUUGGCCCGCGUCUCCCUCUACCUCCUUUCCCAGCCGUCGACCGAAUUCGCGCCCCUCAUCUCCCCUCUCCUCACGCCCGAGACGGUGCAGCACACCGCGCUCGUCAUACUGCUCGACUGGUCACAGCCGCACAUGUGGUUGCGCCAAGUAUGGAACUGGAUCCAGGUGCUGGAGGAGGUCAUGGGCCAGGUCAGCUCCCCGGCCCGCAACGAAAUGGAAGCCAUCAUGUCUUCCUGGAAGGAAAGGGGCCGCGGCGGAGCGACAAUAAACCUCGACGGAACACCUUCUGCGACGGGCUCGGCGGGUGACGGCGAUGGCCUCUUGCCCCUCGGACCCGGCGAGUGGGCUGAGCCAUUGGGUCUUCCCCUCUGCGUUGUCUGCCAGAACGCUCAAAAGAUGGAGUUUCUGGAAAAGAACCAGGGUUGGAAGGAGCCCGACUUUGACACCGUGCUGCAGUAUCUUCGAACAGUACUGUUGCGGCACGGAGCGUCUCUCAUCUACACAUCUCAAAACACGCCCUCACAACUGCCAGUCCUCAUCCACUCGACCCUCGGCAUCACGUCUCUGCUGAAACGACAGCCGCUCAAACACAACGUCAUCGACCGCGACAAGAUCGUCGUGGCCCCCAACUGGGACUCUUGGGGCAAGAUUCGUAUCUUAGGCGGCACGUUCGACGCCGAGCUCGUGUCGAGAGGCUGGGAAGAGGACAUCAAGCUGCCCCCGGGCUCCAAGGCGCCCACCAUGGAAGACGACCAGCCCUCCUCACCCAACGGCGGCAACAGCGCCCGCGGCCCCAGUGCAAUCGCCCAGUACGAGUACUGGUGCCGCGACCCCAACAGCGGUGGUCUCGCCGUGGUGGAGAGCGCCAUGAGCGACGGCUCAGCGGUGGGAGUGAUGAGCGACGACCCGCAAGAGUUCCUCGAGAGGCAGCUCAAGAUCCUCGAAGCCUUCAAGGCCAAGGCGCCCGAGACGACGAGCGAGGGGACCCUCUCUUCCUCGACCCGGCGCCUCAACUUUGGGGACGAGAAGAGCGUCAAGGACCACAUCGGCCCUGUGCAGUUCAACAUGGGCGGCAUCCAGGUCGAUGCCGACGACAUGCUGCAACGCCUCAAGGACCGCAACGCACACGUUGCUUCGCCAGAGCCCGAUGAGCUUGACGAGGAUGGCCCCACAACCAACAUGGCCAAGGACUUCGACAACGAGCAGCUGCAGAACUUCUUCAGUGGACUUAUGAACAGAACGGCUAAUGCGGCGGACAGUCCGCGGUCUUGA